AUUGGCUUGGAUACAUUAGAGUGCUUGGACAGCUUCCAAUCCAAGUUCAGACAUGUGGAGGCCAGAUGCAAGCACGCGGCAGUCUAGUAUUAGCUGUCAGCACUAUCACGCGACUCUUCAACGGGUAGCCUAACUGAGGAUAAUUUUUCUUUGGCGAAAAUGAGUGAAGGGAAAGCUGAGAAGAAGAAAAGAGAAGACCCCAAAUCUCGCCAUGAUAAGAUGCCCAGGAAGGCUAACUUGGACCCCAUCCAACUCCCUCGUAAUCCUGCGAAUGAGCGAAUUUGGUAUCAGGUGGAACCUCUGGCAGGGAAGUGCGUAAGAAAAGAGGAU